CGAGAAAAGAAGGCAAAGGCGGCCAGGUGUGUGGCCGCAGUAAGGCCAGGGCAGGACAGAGCGCGGAGUACCGAAUAGCCAUUCCAUUCCUGAGGCAUGAGCACAGAGGUACUUACGUAUGUGAGGGGAGGGGGGAGUGCAGGCAGAGAGGGCACAGCACAGCACGGCACAGGACAGCACAGCACCGCUGCACAGCUAGAAGCAGCCACUCCCACAUGUGGCACAGCCACAUCAUGUGCUGGCACCAUCUGUGUCAAGAGCCAUGGCUAUUGUGUGUGUUGGUGGCCUUGCAGGGCGGCGAGAGGAGUUCGCAGUUGGCUAGCGUCAACCUGCCGCACAAAUGUGUCAAGUACGCACAACCACACACCGAACGCUCAUCUGUCCGUCUCGUGUGAGCUCCUCACAGGAACUUGUGUUUGUACGAGGCGUGUCGUCGUGAGGGGUUCACCAAGACCUGUGACUACUACCGCCUGGAGUGCGACUACAGCUGCCCCAAGAACUACGGCAACAUCCUGCAGCAGCUCUGGAAGGCGCCCCCGCAACGAUCCGACUCCACCGACACAAACUCUACCACCACCAGCAUCAGCACCAUCAGCAACAGCAACAGCACCACCAAUGGCAAUGGCAAUGGCAGCAUCACCAUCACUGGCGCCAACGGCAGCACUAGCAACGGUAUGAUAAUCGGGGUGGGGGAGUGCAGCCCCUCCAGCAGCACCAGCCCCACCAGCAGCAGCACCAGCCCCACCAGCAGCAGCACCAGCAACACUGGCGGCGGCGCACAGCCCAAGCCGGCCCUUAUGUUUAGCAAUGGGCUGGAGGCGUGAGUGAACGAGCGGUACAUUCCAUAGGGGCGGCUCUCUCUGCGUGUGUGUGUGUGGAGAUGUGUGUGGGUGGCCGACCGUGCUGCUUGUACAUAAAAGAGGGAGGGGGGAGGGAGGGGUCUUGACUAAUAAUUCACUGGCUGGCUGGCUGGCGGCUUGGCUGGCUGGCUGAUUCAUUCAUCAGAUGCAAUCAAUGCUCUUGUUGUCCUUUUUGAUGGUGUGAUGUGCCUGCCAGUGGGCGGUGCCGUGAGGGUGAUUGGAUGUAUGUAUAGAAUAGGGCGGGCAAUUGCAUUGAAUGCAUUGCAACAUUGCGUGAUCGUCUUGUGGUCCUUUCUUUGCUAUCCUAUGCUGCCUGGCUGCUUAUGCCUGCCUGGCUGACGUGGUGAAGCUAAGCGACUGCUUGCGGCCCCCUGGCUGCCUGUCUGUCUGUCCGUGUGCAAGUGUGUCACCGAGUGAGUGUGGUCGCGUGUGGGCUGCUUGGCUGUCCGUUGCAAACCACGUAUAGACAGACAUGCAGGUCGGCAGGUCGCCCGCCCGGCCUGGCCGACGUGAUCGCACACACGAGAAGAAAGAGCACUUACUUGGCUCGCUGGCUGGCUGGCUGACAGGGUGGCUGACUGUGAGAGGGCUGUAUAGGGUAGAAUAGCAAAAAAAGCUAGCUAUACAGGUGUGCGUGUGUGUGGUUGAUGUGUUGAGGGCGGGAUGGAUGGAUGGAUGGGCCGCACUCUCUCGCUCUCACCCACUGAGUGCAGCCCCGCCUCUGUUAGAUAAGUUAGCAACCAAUACUGGCUGAAUGGCUGAACGGCUGAAUGGCUGGCUGGCUGGCUGGCUGCUGUGUGUGCGCGAGGGGGGAGGGAGAGCGGGCCAUAGUCACCUACAGGCAGACAGACAGACAGACUUACAGACAGACAGACUUACAGAGAGAGAGAGAUUCUAAUAUCAAGACAGACAGCAGCACACAGAAGACAAACACACCAACGAAUGCACCAAUGUGUGUGUCUGCGUGUGUGUGUGUGUGUGUGUGUACAUAUCACCCCUGUCUGCCUGCCUGUCUGCCUGGAUGAGUGGAUGGGUGUGGGUUUGGGUGCUCAUUUGCUAUCUAGAGAUCCAUACACAGCUGGUUGCGAACCCUCCACGUGUCUGUCUGUUCGUGUAUGUGUUGUGUGCAUUGUAAGUAACACUUGGUGGGCAGCGUGAUGAAUGAACGAGUGAGUACAUGUAAGCGUUGCAAAC